GUGAAUGUUCCGGGUCAGAAACUGGAGUGAGAGGAAAUUAACUCUCCGCGCGAGGAAAAACACGACACCAGAACCGAGCGAACUGGGAUGUGAGCGUCGGGAAAAAGCGAACGGAGGGCCAGGGGACUCGAGCAAGGAAGGAGGCGGACGCAAAAGCGGCGGCGGAGAGGAGCGCUGUUCAAAGUGUCCGAAGUGGUCGAAGUGUCCAAAGUGCGCCAAGCAAGUGAGCCGGAGCGCGAUCGCAGCUGCUUAUUUAUUGCUUCAUGUUACUGUACGCGCUGCGCCGUGUUCGCCGUGUGGGAUCUGAACAGCACGGGGCUCCGAACACCUCCGGGAUCUGAGCCCAGAGGGAUCCGAACGAACACCGCGCCGGCGGGGAAGAGGAGGAAGAGGAGCAGGAGGAGGGGAGGAAUCGCUCGACUCCGACUCGAGUUUUUGCCUCCGCUCGGGGAUCCGUCGUCGUCGUCGUCUCGUAGUGAUUUAUUCCUAAAAUUGUUGUCACCCACCCCCAUCCCCACCCCCCGGAGCAUCGCGAUGUUCCAUUGCAUCCCGCUGUGGCGCUGUAACCGCCAUGUGGAGUUCAUUGACAGGCGCCACUGCUCGCUCUUCUACGUGCCCGAGGAGAUCUACCGGUACAGUCGGAGUCUCGAGGAGCUGCUGCUGGACGCGAACCAGCUGCGGGACCUGCCCAAGCCCUUUUUUCAACUAGUCAAGCUACGAAAACUGGGACUGAGCGACAAUGAGAUCCAGAGACUUCCUCCAGAAAUCGCCAACUUUAUGCAGUUAGUAGACCUGGACAUUUCCCGGAAUGAUAUUAUGGAAAUUCCGGAAACAAUCUCGUACUGUAAAGCACUCCAAGUAGCGGAUUUUAGUGGAAAUCCACUCACCAGGUUGCCUGAAAGUUUCCCAGAAUUACGGAACCUAACGUGUCUCUCCUUAAACGACAUUUCCUUGCAAGCCCUUCCCGACAACAUUGGAAACCUUUCUAACCUGGUAUCACUGGAACUCCGUGAGAAUUUGCUGACAUAUUUACCAGAGUCUCUCUCGCAACUUCAUCGGCUGGAAGAACUUGAUCUAGGAAACAAUGAGCUUUACAGUUUGCCAGAGACGAUAGGCUGUCUCGUGAACCUAAAGGACCUGUGGCUGGACGGAAACCAGUUAACUGAGAUACCUGUGGAGAUGGGCAGCAUGAAGAACUUGCUGUGUUUGGACAUAUCUGAGAACAAGCUGGAGCGCCUCCCGGAGGAGAUCGGCAGCAUGGCCUCGCUCACCGACCUACUCGUGUCCCAGAACCUCAUCGAUGCGCUGCCGGAGAGCAUCGGUAAGCUGCAGCACCUGUCCAUUCUCAAAGCGGAUCAGAACAGACUGGCGCAGUUGCCGGAAAGCAUCGGCAACUGCGAGAGCUUGACGGAGUUGGUGCUGACGGAGAACCAGCUGGUGAGCUUGCCAAGAAGUAUUGGAAAGCUUAAGAAACUCUCGAAUUUCAACUGUGACAGGAAUAGACUAUCAACUUUGCCAAAAGAGAUUGGUGGCUGCAGCAGCCUGAACGUCCUCUGUGUUCGUGAGAACCGGCUCACGCGGAUCCCCAAAGAAAUUUCGCAGGCCACAGAGCUGCACGUUCUUGACGUCUCUGGAAACAGGUUGGCGUUUCUGCCUAUGUCGCUGACUACCCUGCGGCUCAAGGCCCUCUGGCUGUCGGAGAACCAAUCCAGGUCCCUGCUGACGUUCCAGACGGAUGUGGAUCCGGAGUCGGGCGAGAAGGUGCUCACGUGUGUGCUUCUGCCCCAGCAGCCCAGCGAGCCGGAGGGCAAAGGAUCGGAAAACCUUGCUCGCUGCGGGGCCCUCGAGAGCCUUGUGAACGACAUGGUGGACGACAGGUGGGACGACCAGGCCGCUCACAGGAUCAGCGCUAUCCGAUUCCUGGAGGAGGACGACGACGAGGACGAUGAGAAGGGAAUACUCCUGCGUCGGGCAACCCCCCACCCCGGCGAGCUGAAGACCAUGAAAAAGGCUGCAGAAAACCUACGCAACGACAUGAACGCGGCCAAAGCCCUGGAUUCCAACAAAAACGAGGUCAAUAACGCUCUCGACAGAGUGACCACGUCUGUGUGAGACUUACCUCAGAAACACUUACCUCCCGUGUCUCCCGCCGGUCCCCGAUUUCCCUCCCGUUACCCCCGACAACCCGUCCCCCGCCGAGCCGAGUACCUUACUUCACCUCCUGUCCUACUCCGGUAUGUGGCGCUGAUAACAGGAGUCUGUGUGCCUUCCACCCACCGGCGUCCCGCAACAGUAAUCGGCGUAGGACUUCUCCUGUGCUUUUUACCGUUUUUUUUAAAAACAUGGACAAAAUAGGUAGUUGCACUAUUGUCUAUAGAGUAUCACAGCUGUUAAAAAUCUAUAUAUUAUCUUUUAUUUUUUAUUUUUUUUUUUAAACACUGGGUGAAUAUUUCUUUUUACAUAUUUGGGAUACACUAUACCCAGGAAUUUUUGACCUACUGAUUAAGAAUUAUUGUACAGUUUUAUGUGAAUAUUGAUACUUUUAUACUUUUUGGCAGCUCAGAUGGUGUAAAUUAAAUGUAUAGCAGGUUUCUUAAUUGACGGUGGAUUUUUAAAAACUUUAUCUUUAAGCUUGGUACGUAUUUUAUUUAAGUAAAAACAACAAGAAAAAAAAAACCCAACAAAAAAUGGACAAAUAUUAAAAGCGUUUUCUAUGUCUUCAUAAUGCUCUGUAAUUACCUGUGGGUGAGCUGGCAGCCUCAGAUUUUCUCAUUAUUAUUAUUUUAUUUUUUUAUCUUUUUUUUUUUUUUGUUUUUUAAACUUCACUGUGCUAAAGUUCUGCCAAGGGCUAAUAUGUUAGGCAAAAAAAAAAAACUUGCACACGGACCGGGUUGGACUGACUGGGCUGUCAAUCAUCUGCUGCGCAUCACUGCUUCACUGUAAGGUGUUUAUACCUGAAAACAAGCAAUAGCUGCAUCUUUAAUGUGCUUUAGCAUCUAUGUAAAAAAACAAACAAUGUGAGCGUAGGAUUUAAACAGUUUGGAACAAAAAUGUGCAAAUAUUUGCUUUUAUUAAAUGCCCGUACGGACAUAAGAAUUCAGCCGUUUCAGGAGGAUCCGCGCACUUCUGCAGGGAGCGCAGGACUCUGUGGUCACAUCGAGCUGCUUAAAUGGAGCACUACCCCUUCUAUCCACUUCGUCCUUAAAAUCUGCCGUGAGGACAGAACCAUGGAACUUGGUUUCAGCUGUUGAUUUAUUAUUAUUAUUAUUUUUUUUUUUUUUUAAUUAUUGUCAUGAAUGAUCAAGCUGCACAAAAGACUACAAUCUCGGAUCGGCAUCGACUGUGCCUGCGGAUUAUACAUUUUAA